AUGAGUGGCAAAGAAGAGCCCGGCUACUCAGAUAGCAGCGUGAAGAAGAUGCUCAAGUGUGUGGUGAUUGGUGACGGAGCUGUUGGGAAGACCUGUCUGCUGAUGAGUUACGCCAAUGAUGCGUUUCCAGAAGAAUAUGUACCAACAGUGUUUGACCACUAUGCAGCUGGACUCGGUAACAGCAGUCAAAAGAAGAAGGCGAACAUGUCAGAAAUGGACAUCCCCAUUCAUCUUACAGUACCAGAAAAACCAGACAUUUCUGUCAAGAUUUACUGUGACAGUUGGGGCAGGCAACAUUUGCUUGGCCUUUAUGACACAGCAGGACAGGAGGACUACAAUCAACUGAGACCCCUCUCCUACCCCAACACAGAUGUGUUUUUGAUCUGUUUCUCCGUGGUAAACCCUGCUUCCUAUCACAAUGUCCAAGAGGAAUGGGUUCCAGAAUUGAAAGUCUGCAUGCCACAUGUGCCUUAUGUUCUGAUAGGAACACAGAUUGACCUUCGAGAUGACCCCAAAACUUUGGCUCGGUUAUUAUACAUGAAAGAGAAGCCCCUGACUUAUGAACAUGGCAUCAAAUUGGCCAAAGAGAUUGGAGCCCAGUGCUACUUGGAGUGCUCAGCGUUGACCCAGAAAGGCCUGAAAACUGUCUUUGAUGAAGCAAUCCUCACAAUCUUCAAUCCCAAGAGGAAGAAGAAACUUUGUGCCAAGUGUUGCAGCUGCUGUUCAGUUCUAUGAUGCCUGGAGUUCAAAGUGGACCAGCGUUGCCAGUUAAUACUCCAAUCCUGCACAGAGGGACGUGACCAGAAAAAAAAAAACCUUACUUUAUAAAAAGAUUCUUCCGAAUCUGUGAUUCCUCUCAAAUGCAACUUUGUAGAGUUUUCAUGUCUUGCUUUUUUUUUUCCCUAAUGACUAUGCAUCUGUAAAUACAAGUUCAUGUUGUGAUAAUUUCUCUCUGCUUAGCCAGCAGAUACAAGGGGGGGGGGGGGGAACCUUUAGAAAUUCUUGAUAUUGUCAGAAUCCCUGAUGCACCUGGAAGGAAAAAAAGAUCUAAGGAUCCUAAUCCUACACCUGAGCCAAAAAGAACAAACUUUGUCAUUAGCAAGCCAGAGGAAGAAAUGAGUAAAUCCCAGUAUUUUUUCUUCUUUUUAUGACUCUGUAGUCCUCUAAUUCAGGAUAAUGCCAGGGUGGCUGGACGCAGCUGAGCAUUUACUGACUGGACGCCCUUCCUGACACCUACAUGGAGUUUUCAGCAGAUAUUUGUUUUCAGCAGAUAGUAAAUCCCAGUAUGAAUAUGCAAUAAUGAUUAAACUUGAAACGCACAAAAUGGCAUUUAGACAUUUUUAGGAGUCAACCAUGUUGACUCAUGUAGAAGAUCGGUGUCAAUUCAAUCUUUCCAAACUGAAUGCACAGCAAUGCUUUUGAAAGAGAUGGCACAGAACAAAGUCAUUCAUACACUAUUCUUGUCUUCCUUUUAUAA